AUGUCCUGUGGAUAUGACCUACUGAGGGAGCUCCUCUACAUGGAUUGCAAGUGCAGUGGGAGGCCGAGUGUUGGAGGGGAGAAGGUGACACCAACCACAGCUGGAGAGGUACCAGAAGAUCUCGCUGUCGCUCAUGGCACUUCAAACUGUGUGCCCACAGCUGGGAUCCAGAGCAGAGCAAGCCCUGCUCUGCCUAUCCAGCCUACGAUUGAGGGGCAAAUUGAAGCUGAAACACCAGAAGUAUCGCAGCUCUCAACCCAGCAGCAUAUAGAAAGCUGCAAUCCUCAAGGCUCUCCGACUAAGAUGGCCCCUUUGAUGAAGGCUGAAGUGCUGGUCCUAUUCCAGCUUGCAAAUCGAAAUGCUGAAGUGUAUCGACCAGGUAGCAAGACUGGGUUUUGGUCCCAUCUUCAAGAGGACUUUGCGAAGGAAACCGGCAAGCAGCAUAAGAGCCUUCACCGAGUAUUACGCCGGGAAACUGAAAGGAGGAGGGCAUACCUUGACAGUCUUAGGACUGGUCAGACAGACAGCGAGAGCGAAUUGACUGUCCAGAUUGAUAACUGGAUUGACGUUGUUGGUGAGGAGGAGCGACUUAAUAAGGAGCGAAGUGAGGCAGCAAAUACUGUUCUAACUUUGUCACAGUGGGCGCAGGAUAUCCGAGACUCACUCUCUGUAGCCAUUGCAGCAAAGAGGAAAUACCAGAGGAAUCCUCCAAAAAGUCAUGAUAAGUCUAUUGCCAAAGAGCGCGGGUGUCAUACUGACAUUCGUUGCACUCAGUUUGCUAUCAAACUCAAGAGCAAACUUAGAAAUCUCCUCCUCAAACCUACAAGUCACCAUACAUAUCUUGGCUUAUCACACCAACAACAGAAGCAAUACUACUCAACGAUUGCUGCAAACUCUUCUACUACAUCUGUUUAUGCUACAUACAUCACGGCAUAUCAUUUGGACACUCAUUGA